CCGCCGUAGCGUGCACACCGCUAUCGCGUUGUAGCUUCGAAAUACUCAGUUUAGUUGAUUAUUGUUAGAAAGUAUGCACUGUUUCAUAAUACAGUUAGUGUGUGAUCUAUUUUCAAGAUAAUCGUGAGAGUGAGGACGUGUUAAAGUGAUUUAUCACAGCAGCAGCACUUGUGUAUUGAUGGUGGGGGUGUGAACCCAGUUUCGCUGGCGUGGAUUCUAUGAAAACAUCUUAUUCAGGAAUAAACGCGUAAAUGAGUGCAAUAAACUUACAUUGUGUGCUAAUUGUGUUUGUGUCCCGAUCUUAACACGUUAUCAAAGUGAAGUGAACAAUUUUAAUACUACUGAUAAGUUGGACAAUAAAACUAAGUGUACAGUGAUUAAAACAUUCGGAGUUUAUUUGGAUAUUUCACAGACCAAUGGAAGUGUUGGCUGUGGGCUAAAAAACAAAGUCAUGAACACGGUCAGGAGUGGUCACUCGCAUCAAGCAGGCUAGCUGUCAUCAGGUGUCAGAAAUAAGGGAGCGCGUAGUAUGGACAGAUUCAAUAAUGUAUUGGAAGGGACGCGCCAGUAUUUUAUGGGAUUACCGAAAGCUCAAGAAGGUUCAGGACAGUCUAUGUGGCCAGCUGGGACUCCGCCAGAAGAAGGCACUCCAGCAAUGUCAGGAGCCCCGGCGCCGUCCUCGCGGCCCCCUUCAGCAGCCGCGGCCCCGCCUUCGACACCAACACCAACACCAACCCUGGGACCUCCACCCCGUCCGCCUUCGGAACCCAUAGAACCUGAACCACACAUUAUACACAAAGCCACAGUGAUGCGGGAGGCGGCUGAGAAACGUCGUGAACAACCUGAACCGGAAGAUGAAGAGGAAUCUACAGGAGCUCUCUCCCCGCCGUCUCAUAUCAUUCGCAAACCAGCACCGCAUACGUUACCUUCGCCAGCGGCGGCUCCAGCUGCGCCUUGCCCCUCUCCGGCGCGACCCCCGUCUAGUUCAUCGCUUCCUCCGCAACAGCAAUCACUCGAUCCCAUAGAGUCAUCCCAAUAUAGACCACCAGUUCAUCGAGUGCAAACGCCGACGGUGAGACCUUCAGAAAACUUCGCUCCGGUCCGUCCUCCAGAUCCAUAUCCGGCUACAAGGCCCCCUGAGACUUAUCAGCGAUACCAGUAUGAAAGUUCUAUAGCAGACAGCAGUAGAAGCAACGGAGUACCUCUUUCUGCUUCACCACAACCAGGCUUACGUCAGAGCCCACAAACAUAUGCGCGGAUGUCAACUAUGACGCAGCAUACUGUUCAACGAUUGAACGAUACAAAUUCAUUAUCAUCGGCUCAACGAUAUGCAUUACAAUCGCAACUACCGCCACAUAAUGAUCGAGUCCCUCCGAUUUACCAUCCACAGGUCUUACCACCUUCCAAAAGAAUAACAUCAGGAAAUAUGUACACAACCCUGCAUCAAAGACGCGAAACAUCGUCAUCGUCACCGAGAAUGUCAUCACAUUUUGAAAGGCAUCCUUCGUUACCUCAAAGAAAAUACGAUCCUCAGCAAACAUACUCCGGAUAUCGGCCCAGUGUAAACAUGCCACAACAAAAUAUUCCACAUAAAAAUCAUCGUCUAGAUCAACAUCCACCGGUGCAACAUAAGCAUAGUAUGGCAGAAACUAUGAAUCCUCAUUAUGUAGCAAGAUCAUCAGAUCGGAAUGCAAUAUCUGCACCAUCGCAUUCAAGUGAAACUGCUAGAAUGGCAGCACGUUCUGAAUAUAUUAGCAAAACCAGAGGUAUAGAUUCAAGAAAUAACUAUCCUUAUCCAACUCCUUCUACGUCGUCUCUUAGAUACUCCUCUAGUGCACCAUCACCUGUGGUUCACAGCCAACACAAUCCCGGAGUAAAUUCAAGAAUAUCAUAUCGCACAGCAGUCGCCCCAAAAUCAAAUUAUGUCUAUCCUACUACAAAUCAAAUACAAACUUCUCCUUCUCGUUCUAGUAUAAAACCGGGAUACCCCAAUCAACAGGCACGAAUGACGGUAUCAGUAACUUCAAUAGUGAAUCAAAUGAAUCAAACUAAACAAAAGCGUGAAUCGCCACUAGAUCUAUCUGUAAAAACUGUGAAAAAUCCAGCGGAUUCUUCAACGACACAGGAUGACACAAUUGAUUCAGUUUCGAUUGAAAAUAAAAUGCUAUAUGCAGCACAACCUCGCGUGUCAUCCAGUUCCAGACAUUUAGUACCUGAACGCUAUGUCUCAUCACACAAAGUAGAUUUUGCUCCGGACUUUGCACAAUAUGGAGACCAAAGCAAUAACCGUGCUUACAAUACUCCAAGUGAACAGUCUCACCCUCCUGCAAGAUACAAUGGAACUUAUGGGAUUGUACGCCAGGUGCCAGAAAAUAUUCCGGUUGAAUCUCGACAUCAUGUUCAUCUUGAACGUAGUCACUAUACGAACUCAAUAAACAGAAAUGAAUAUGUUCCUCGAAUAGACCUUACAAGAUCUGUCAAUAAUGAUCGUCCAUUAGAAAAUAGAAUUAUUGUUGAUCGUAAAUUUGAAGAACGCAAACGAGUAGCGGGGCCUAUUGUAAGUAACAUUCCAGAAAAGAUUUUGAGGCGCGAGGCGUGGCCAGUUGACCACAGAAUGGAAAGACUAAGUCAAUCAGCUCGAGAGCAGCAUGACCUAAUGAGCCGUCCAGUAUACGAUUACACUAGUCAUAAGAGAUUCGAAGCACAUCAAAGUGACCCAAAACGGAGCUCCUCCGUUCAACUGUACCAAGAUGGUCAUGUCCAUAUAAACCAAACUUAUUCUAGGUGUAUGUAUCCAGUGGAGACUCCCAAAGAAACUAAUUAUCACGACAGGCAAAACACAAGUAACCGUCAUAUAAUUCAAAAGAUUCCAAACCGAGAGUCACAUCCUCAGUAUGUCGAACCUACUCCUACAUUACAUCAUGCAGACAAAAACGUUUUAAGUAUACUUAGAAAUAGUUUAGAAACAAGACAGUUGGGACAAAACACAGAUAUUUCUAAACUUAUAAAGACUAUACCUGAUCUUAUUGUUAUUGAUGAUGCUGAUGACGAAAUUACCGACUUAACUACGGAAAAUGAAAAAGAGCUUUCCGUCAAAAACGAAAUGAAACCUUAUCAAAAUAAAGUAAUACAUAACUUUGAAAACCAAAUACAAAUGCCGAAAGCAGUAGAUUCUAUUUCCCAAGAUUCGGAUUACCCAACGCUUGACACCAUAGUAAGUAAAUCUCCAGAAAGCGAUGUCGCUUCAAGAAUAAGGACUAAAGCCGAGCUUAAAGUCAUGCCACCAUCAGAAGAUAAUUCUGUAAAAAUGGAUAAUAACUCAUCAACUUCCAAUAAAGAUAGGAUUCUUCCAAAAUCACAGAAGCAACAUCUAUUCAAUCAAAUUCGUGAAGAUAUUUUAAGACUAGAAACGGUUAUAAAAAGUGAAAAUAUUAAUGAUAUCGCUGUAUCAGACGUUAAAUCAGAACCUAUGAACCUUGAAGAAAUUGAAAAGGAUGCUAUUCUUUCCAUUAAAACAGAAAGCACAUCAACAGAAAAUCAGGCUGAUGCUAUUGAAUUCGAUACCAAUCCUUGUGAAAGUGAAGACUUAGACAUGGACUGGGCUAGUGCUUGUGACAGUUUUGUGGAACAACUGAAAACUGAAAAUCACAAAAGAAAAGCUUCAGCAAGAAAAAGUGAUACAUUGCAAGGCGAUGAGGAACCAGUUUGUAUAAAGGAAAACAAAGAUUUAAUAAAUGAAAAUUUUAAAAGUGAUGACCUACCAAUUGUUACAAUAAAACAAGAACCACUUGAAGAAGAUGAUCAACCAUUACUUCAAUUACCCCAGGAAAUCGAGUCGGUAGUCAAGGAAGGUAAUAAUUUAGAGAUCAAGGAAAACAACAAAAAAGAUAAGAAGGUGGAAAAGCCGGUGAAGUCUAAACAACAGUCUAAAAUCAAAUUAAAAGUAAAACCUCACUCUACAUCAACUGCCUCAGGAAGUAAGAAAGAAGAAGAAGUACCUAUUAAAACUAUUAUUAAAGAAGAGGCUGAGUCGACUGAUGAUGAUGAACCACUUAUAAAAAGCAAACUUUUAAAGGAGAAGGAACGAAGUGACCUUAUGAAAUACCAAUUGUUAAAAGAUUUAUCAGAAAAGUCUCCAAUUGUUAAACUUGAGUGUUGUGAUGUAAAUACAAGAAAAUCCGCAGAAUCAUUAAGUAAACAAAAAGGAAAUAAACAAUUGCGAGGUAAGCAGACUAGAAUCUCAAUAAAAAAUAGAAAUAAAGUAUCGACAGAAACUAUUAAGUAUGAGAAAAACAAAGCUGAUUUUAGUUCAGAGAGUGACAAUGAAUCUUUGAAUGUCCCCAACAGGCUCAGAUCCCGUAAAAGUCUUAAAAUUGAGGAAAAAUCUCCUUCAGUUCAUAAAACUCCUACGAAAUCUCCUUCAUCAAAAAAGACAGAUAGCAGUGCUAGCAAUUGUUCAACACCGGUCCGAAAACCUGGAUUUGGUGAUGGCUCUGAUUUUCACCCUGGAUGGGAAGAAGAACUUUACAGAUAUAAACGUUCUUUGCGUAUGCCUAGCAGACUUAUAGCAAUUCCGAGAGGCCGUUCAGGCGGACCAUUUAUGAAAGGUUCCAAUAAUCAGUUUACGCGUGGUUCAACAUCACUUCCAGACCUGGAUUCAGUGCCUCUUUCUCCUGCGCCAUCAUCCGCUCCAUCAGCUGCUACUGAUGAUCUUUAUAGACGAACAGAGAAAACUAGCGUAGACAGUGACAUGGAGUCGAAUUCCAGCUGUUCUGUUUUAAAUAGGCUUCACUAUGAUUCGGAAGCAUCUACAUCUACUGUGUUUUCAUCAUCGAAGGUCAAAAAGAAAGCAAGCUCUAUUGUUGAUGUUCUCAUUCAAAAGUGUGGGAAACGCGAAGAGUCCAAAAAACGAUCAAAAGAUAAAGAUGAUAAAACACCAAAAAUUUUACCUAAAUCUUCAAAUGUUACUGAACUUUUACCCACCCCAAGCUUAGGGCUUAUGAAAAAUGGUAACAAAAGUAGUUUAAGUGGUAAAAAAGAAAAGGUCCUUGAGGAUAUAUUUUACUUAGGCGCCUUUAGGAAAGCAACUGUUACUGCAUUUAGAGACGCAUUUAUUAAAGAUACUAACGGCUUAAUAGGCGCCACCGAGGAGUUUGCACCAUUAGUUCUUAAAAGUAGGACAAGAACAGAGAGUAGAGUAUUGAAACAAAGGGCCACCAUUAAAGAAGUAUUUGGUGACGAUCGACCAGCAUCAGCACCACCAAUAUCUUGCAGAAAUGACAGCGUUGAAGAAGAACAAAUAGUAGAGGUUAAGAAAGAAAAUGAGUCGAAGCCCAAAAUAAAACCCAAAAAUAUAAAAGACAAGUUAAAUAGGAGAUCGAGUUCAAUAAGGGACGGCUUAAGAAGUACAAAAUCUCUUAAAAGGAACGACGCAAAGGGGCGCAUGUUGCGUUUGAAAAAACGAAAUAGUCUCAUGAAAUCACUUGCAGGAAAACGGAUUAAAGAAAUGAACAAUAAAACAAAGAAAGAUAAAAGUCACGAUAAAAAUCAACAAAACGAUAUCAGCGUAAAAGAAGAAAAAAAUAAUGAAAAAGAAGAAAGCAGUUCUAUAAUUCCAAGUGAAGUAAACACGAAAAGGCGGUUGAAACGUCUUUUUGGUAGAAGAAAGUUGAGUUCGGGGUUUGACUAUAUACGAAAAAAGAAAAAAGCUAUAAAAAAAGAAGAAAAUUGCAAUAAAGUGCGUCGACCAGCUGCAAAGCCUAACCCAGAAUCCGUCCAUGACAUCCAAAAAGAGUUAAAAGGCUGGUUUAUCAAUAAAAGCAUUGGAGAAACUCAUCUUCAUCGAGCUGCGAGACUUGGGUUUACGGACUGCGUUGCGUACUGCUUAGAAAAAUUAGAGGCAGACCCAUCAGCGAAGGACAAUGCUGGUUUUACUCCGUUACAUGUGGCAGCCGCUAAGGGACAUGUCAGAAUUGCUCGACUGCUUUUGCAAUACGGCGCUAAUGUGUCAGCGGCAGCGCAGGGUGGAAUUCGCCCACUUCACGAAGCCAGCGAAAACUGCAACGUGGAGGUUAUCAGGCUACUCUUGUCAUAUGGUGCCGAUCCGCUCCUAGUAACUUAUGCUGGUCAAACGCCCGAGGAGUUGGCUGAAGGUGUGGCCGCUACGUUACUUCGUUUGUACAUAUCUGAUGUGCAGGGCCAAGCCGUGGAACCUUGGAGAUUCCCACCCCCUUCUCAAAUUAUUGACCGUGAAGAAAUAGGAUGUGAUUCUCUGUCGUCUCCUCCUGCGAGCUCACCUCCACCGCCCCCUGAUGCCACGAUAGAGAUACAGUGUACUGACGCUCCACUACCGCCCUUCUACAGUCUGCGGACUCCAGCCGGUCAACCCGCCGAGGGUUUGUGGUGCUUGCUGCAGGAUAUCACAAGUAUAUUGCAGAUCAAGUCAAAAGAAUCACUACUGAAGCAAAUACAUUGCGGGUCCGGAUCACCCAAGGAACUGUUAAGGGAGAUUCGCACGCAAGAAUUCUUAGAAAGAGCACAAUGUCAUCAAUUUCUAUGCGCGGGAGAGAAAGUGAACGUCCGCGCAUCGAAAGUAGCCCUGGUUCGCGUCACUGAUAAGCUGCGGCAACUGUUGAAGAUUGAGACUGUUCUUGUUAUCGAUGAUAUAUGA